AUGACCGACUCAAAUGAAGAUUCGUCAAUUGAUCCCGCUGGUGGUGCUGAUGAUACAUUGGAGCGUCUGCGUAAUAUUACAAAAAUGUUUGCUAAGCCAACAGAUGACGAUGAACGACAAAAUCUGAAAAAAGUCGAGAAAGUUGCACCUAGUGACAAAUUGAAGCAAACGUUUCAGAAGUUUGAAGAGAUUGCCUCGUCAAACGGUGCACAAGACGACGAGGAAGAAGAAGACGACAACCAAGCAGACGAGUCGGAUGGUGUUGUUAGAUCUAGACGCAAGAAGAAGCCACCACGAGAACAUGUUCCUUAUCAUGAAAUGGCUGAAGUAAAAGAUAAAUUUGAAAAGGGUUUAGUUGACGAGAAACCGCGAGCAGAGAAACGAUUGGACGUUCGUGUACAAAGUGGCUUAGCUUCAUCGAAAAAACAAGCGUUCGAACAAGGUGAAUUCGAACAGGAAGUGGAAUCCCAUAUUAGUAAAGUUCAAGUCGAUGCGGAUCUUGUUGCUGGUUUAACUGCAUCGAAGAAACAAGCAUUUGAACAGCAACAACAAGAUGGUGAUGCCAACGUACAACGAAUGGUUGUUGUUGACCGAGAUGCGUUAGCUGGUGCUGCGACAGAGAAAAAAGCGAAAUUCGAAAAAGGAGAAUUUGAAAAUGAUUACCAUGACUUAGGUUCAAAUCGUGUGCAAGCCGAUGCUGAUCUUCUUGUCGGUGCAACGACUGAAAAGAAAGCGAAAUUCGAAAGUGGUCAAAUGUCUGAUCAAACAACAACAUCAUCACGUCGUGAAGAAGUUUUAAGUAUGGUUGGAGCUGGUCUUGCUCAGGCUAAACGAUCCGAAUUAUUGUCGAAAAUUGAUGCUGAACAACAAGUUCAAAGUUCUGGAGAUCGUCAUAUUGAUAUUCAGCCCGAACAAGGCUUAGCAAAAGAACGACGAGAGCAAUUAGCAUCAUUAGCAAGUACCGAAUUCAAAGCGGGAGAAAAAACCCUCGAUGUACAAACUGGUUUAGCAAGCACGAUUAAAGAACAGUACAUAGCUGAUACGAGUAAAUCAUCUAUCACAAAAACAGCCCAACCUGUUACUGUUGAAAGUGGAUUGGCUAAAAGUCGAGCCACCGCAUUCGAAAGUCCUGAUGAAGGAACUAUUAAACGAACAGUAGAAAUUGAUAAUGAACUUCGCGAGAGUGGUGUUGCUAAAGAGCGUGUAGCCAUGUUUAAAAAUCUACAAAGUGGUGCCCAACCUAAUGCAAGUGGAAGUGAUUCGAAAAUUCGCGUUGAUGAUUUUCGAUGGCACGUUAAUGUGUGCCAACCCAUCAAUGGUUCGAUUUUAAGGAAAAAGUUAAAAUUCAUCGAGAACGGGAACGUUGUACGUGAAAGUGAUAAACGUGAAGAAAUUUACUUUGAAAAGGGUCAAACAAAACAACUUGUCGAACAGUGGAAAACGAAAAAGAUUUCACCUGACCGUGAUACACCUGACGCUCAAGUUCUAAAAGACGCUGAAAUACUUCAACAAGGUAAGGCGAAAAAUAUUGCCGAAAUGUGGAAAACAAUGGAUAAAGAAAAUACGCCACCGCCCGAACGUCGCGGACCACGUGCGAUAACACCGUCAGCUGACAACGAACGACGCCUUCCAGCCCCCGAAGAUGAUGAUCAGGUGGCUCGCAAACCAGGUUAUGCAGAUGAUAAAGCAAACAUUGAAUCAGGUCACGCCAAAGCUGCUCGAGAAAGGUUUGUUGUUUUAGUUCUUCUCUUGAUGAAGAGUAUGUUGAGUAUGAAUGGAAAGAGUGGUGAUGAUGAUGAAUUGAUGCAAAGUGCUGAACAGAGUAAUGCAACGAACGUACGGAAAACAUUGAAACAAAUCACACCACCACCAGAAGGUGUUCGCAGAAAAUCAGCUUCACCACCCGAUUCAAGUAGCAUUUCGAAUAGUAUAUCGGAACAAUACAAUAACAAUGAGGAAAUUGUCCCAACUAAAGGUCAAGCUCAAUCAUUAAAAAAUCGCUUUGCUGAAUAUGAAAAAGACGCACUUAAAGUUGAAACAGCUUCAUCGAAGAUCAAAUACACACCGAAACGAUUUGUUGAUACACCGGCACCUAAACAAGUGAAUGUUGAACCUGCUGUGGACCCAACUAAAUGCUCUGUUUGCAAUAAAACAGUUUAUGCAAUGGAAAAAAUCGAAGCUGACAAAAAAAUUUAUCACAAAUCAUGUUUUAAAUGUAUGCACUGCAAGUCUAUACUGAAACUUGGCAAUUACACCGCAAACGAUGGACAAAUCUAUUGUAAACCCCAUUUUCUUCAAUUAUUUGCUAUCAAAGGAAAUUAUUCGGCUGGCUUUGGUCUGAAUGAUCACAAGGCACGAUGGCUGCCAAAUUCAUCAUCAUCAUCGUCUCCUCCUAGUAGUAUGUCAUACGCACAAGAAUCAACAUCAUUCAACGAAAAUUAA